UUAAACCUAAUUAAGGAAUGGAAAGGCCAGCAUUCUUCAUGACCACCUUCACCACGUUUCUCUUAUUCACCACCUUGAUCAGUCCGUGCCAUGCAAGACACAGAGACUCUAGUUCAUUAGUGUUGGGUCUUACUCACUCUAGAACCUCCCCUCCCAUUCCUGCUGCAUCAGGAGGUUCAACAUUGAAACCAUUAGAAAAGCUGGACAUGCUAGAGCCAUUGAGAAGAGUAAGAGAUGGGUAUCUGAUUUCUCUAAAUUUAGGGACACCCCCACAAGUAACCCAAGUGUAUAUGGACACUGGAAGUGAUCUUACUUGGGUUCCUUGUGGUAAUCUCACUUUUGAUUGCAUGAAUUGUGAUGACUACAAAAAUUAUAAGGCAAUGGCCAUUUUCUCUCCUUUCCAGUCCACUUCAGCCCUCAGAGACCUGUGUACUAGCCCCUUCUGCAUUGAUGUCCAUAGUUCUGAUAAUUCUUAUGAUCCAUGUACCAUGGCUGGUUGCUCGUUGAGUAUGCUUCUUCGGGGUUCCUGCCCUAGACCUUGCCCUUCAUUUUCUUAUACGUAUGGUGCAGGUGGAGUUGUCACUGGGUCCCUAACUAAGGAUAACCUUAGGGUUCAUGGAAGUAGCCCUAACGUUACUAGGGAUAUUCCAAAUUUUGUUUUUGGGUGUGUAGGAGUAACAUAUAGAGAACCCAUUGGAAUUGCAGGGUUUGGUAGGGGUGCACUCUCCCUCCCCUCACAACUAGGAUUUCUUCAAAAGGGAUUUUCUCAUUGCUUCUUGGCAUUCAAGUUUGCUAACAAUCCUAACAUCUCUAGCCCAUUAGUUAUAGGAGACCUUGCAAUCUCUUCCAAAGACAAUUCACUAUUUACACCAAUGUUGAGAAGUCCCAUGUACCCUAACUAUUACUAUAUUGGCCUUGAAGCGAUUAGCAUAGGCAGUAAAAGUGCAGUUGAAGUCCCCACAACCUUGCGGGAUUUCGAUUCAGCAGGUAAUGGUGGCUUGUUGAUUGACUCAGGCACAACUUAUACUCACUUGCCAGAGCCCUUUUAUUCGCAACUCAUCUCAGUAACGCAGUCAUUGAUAAAUCUCCCUCGGUCGACUGAAGUUGAGAAGAGAACCGGGUUCGAUCUCUGUUACAAAGUUCCUUGCUUAAGCAACAAAACAGCUUUAGAUGAUCUUCUUCCUUCAAUGUCUUUCCAUUUCUUGAAUAAUGUGACCAUAAUGUUGCCCAAGGAGAACUACUUCUAUGCCAUGGGAGCUCCAAUUAACUCAACUGUGGUGAAGUGCUUGUUAUUCCAAAGUAUGGAUGAUGGUGACUAUGGGCCAGCUGGAGUGUUUGGGAAUUUUCAGCAGCAAAAUGUGGAGGUUGUCUAUGACUUAGAGAAGGAGAGAAUUGGAUUCCAACCAAUGGACUGUGCUUCUUCUGCAGCUUCUCAAGGACUUCAAUGGAAAUAAUUUGUUGGUAGUUAAUGGUAGUUCUUGCUGUUAUCCUAAGUAUCAGGUGUGUCAGGUGUGUCAGUUUGUGGGUUACAACACAUAGUGGGAGCUUUUGUACUUCUGUAUUUUGUUUUUGUCCCCCCUUGGAUGAAAGCUAUUGGUGCUUCUAUUGAUCCAAAUGUACCUUCCUUAACCUAUCUAUGAAGCAUUUUCUAUUGGGAACC